AUGGCGAAGCUUCAAUGCAUCAAUGACGACCUAGUCGCUACCGACGCGCCCGCCUUCGCCCUCCCCACGUACGUCAAGCGCCAGGAAUCCAAGCCGGUCGACGUGUACUUCCACGUCACCAGCACCGUGGCCAACAAGGACCGAAUCACCGACGCCAUUGUCGAUGCUCAGUUCGAGGUCCUGCACUCGACCUACCUCCGCCACGGCUUCGAGCUGUCCCUCGUCAACGUCUCGCGAGUCGUCGACGACGUCCUCGGCAAGGGCUUCUACGAAGACGGCGGCAUCGGCAUCCCCGACUUUGAGGGCUACAUCGCCUGGCGCGCCGCCACGCGCCGCGGCGGCUACGACGCCCUCAACGUCUACUUCUUCACGGACCUCAACGAGGGCAUCGGGGGGUACUGCAACCUCGCCGGCGUCGUUCAGGAGGGCAGCCAGCAGUUCUGGCAGGACGGGUGCUGGCUCAACGGCGACACCAUGCCGGGAAUCCCGCCCCGCAGCGGCGGCGGUAACGAGACUGUCCCGGCAAAGGGACAUGUUGCCGUGCACGAGGUCGGGCAUUGGUUUGGGUUGUACCACACGUUCCAUGGGCGGUACUGUGAGAGUAUCAAUGACCAGGUCGCGGACACGCCGGCGCAGGCCGGUGCAAGCGCGGGGUGUCCUGUUGGGCGGGAUUCGUGCCCUGAUUCGCCUGGGUUGGAUCCCAUCCACAACUUUAUGGACUACUCGGAUGAUUCCUGCACGAGCGAAUUUACUCCGGGACAGGAGGAGCGUAUGCAUCAGAUGUUUGACGUCUACAGACGAUGGGAGGGAUGA